CAGCUUCCCUGUCUAUUAGACUCACCCUCCUUCUUGCUCAUUCUCUCUCUCUCUCUCUCUUUAUCUUGAGAAGCUCGUUCUGCACGUAAUUGGAAUGUCCACAUGAGGCUGUUAAGAUUUUUGCUUCGUUACUUUCCACCAGGUCUCGCCUUGGAAUACAGACAAGGUGGUGACGUCAAAACUAAAAUGAUCGACCUGUUGGAUCUAUCUAUCGAGACUGACAUAAAAGCACUGGCAGAGAGCAUAAAAGCAAGCGAGCCCGUAAUAACCGAAAGUGUAAUGGACCAGUUAGUGGAAACAUUGCAGAAGCUACAGGCCAAAGUGUGCAACGUAGACGUGAAGCGUUACUAUAAACAUAAGACCCUACGAACACACCUUCUUCCUUUAACCAACAUAGCGUUCGAUAAAUUAGGUAAAAGAUGCCUGACAGGAAGCUACGACCGAACUUGUAAAGUUUGGGACAUCGAAAGUGGAGAGGAGCUUCUUACUCUCGAAGGCCAUAAAAACGUGGUCUAUGCCGUUUCCUUUAACAACCCGAUAUCAGACAAAAUCGUGACUGGAUCGUUCGAUAAAACAGCGAACAUUUGGUGUUCCCGUACCGGUCAUUGUUUGCUUACUUUUUGGGGUCACGACGGUGAGGUGGUAGUCACGAAAUUUUCACCAACGCAGAACAAAGUUGCAACGGGUUCUCUCGAUGCUACUUCAAGAAUAUUUAAUCUUACGACAGGUCAAGAACUGGGCUUGCUGAAGGGCCACACGGCGGAAGUAAUUGCGCUUCAUUACAACGACGACGGGAAUCAGAUCAUAACGGGCUCCUUCGACGGCACCGUCAACGUCUGGGACACGAGAACCUUCACACGAGUUUGCGCUCUGAUCGGCCAUCGUUCGGAAUUAUCCAAUUGUCUCUACAACUUCGAUUACUCUCUGAUAGCUUCCUCCUCGAUGGAUAAAACUGCAAAGCUCUGGGAUACUAGGAAAAACGAAUGUUUAGCUACGUUAUUGGGCCACGAUGACGAAGUUCUCGACUUGACCUUCGAUAACAAGGGCAAGAGAUUGGCCACAGCGAGCAGCGAUACCACAGCCCGAGUUUGGGAUACUACUACUGAUUUUAGACAGCUCUCGGUCAUGCAGGGUCAUCGAGAAGAAGUUUCGAAAGUUUGUUUCAGUCCAAACGGCCACCAUCUUUUGACCUCUUCUCUCGACAAAACGGCUCGUUUAUGGUCUCUAGAAUCCGGAUAUUGCGUGCAGAAACUUGAGAGCCAUACCGACGAUGUAUUCAGCUGCGCCUUUUCGUAUACAGGCGAUACAAUCGUCACGGCUAGCAAAGACAAUACCUGCACUAUUUGGAGAUGACUGGACUGGUUCAAAGUGUGUCCAUAGCUUAUACUCGUUGUUCUAUUUACAGUUUACGUUCUCUAUUUUUAUAUUAUUUGAAUCCUAUACGACUUUGAUUAACUAUAAUUUUAUGGCACACGAUAUACGAAAGAUUCGCUAAAUAGAAUUGCAGUCCCGUUUAAUGAUCACUACGCCAUAUAUAAUUAUGCGAAGAUCAUAAUUUUAAUCUUAAGAAGUAGUUGAAUUUCCGGUGAAAGUCGUACACGUUUCUCUAAAGAUUCGCUUGAAAACACAAGAAAGCAAGCGUAAGUUUGACACAGCAUGGAAAUAUUAUCUAUGUGUUUACGUAAUUUGUUGUAUACACAAGUACUUAAUUAAAUGCAAGGUAUUAGACAUAUUGAAUAUUUACAAGAAGGCACUAUGAAUAUUCUUCAUUAUAAUGCUUAAAUAUAUACAUGAAUAUAAAAUAUAUGGUAAUAAUAGCACGAUA